AUCACGCAAUUCUGUUUUUAGCACUCGUUAGGUAACUAUAGUUUAGGGUGUUAUUGUUCAAACUUGAACGUUUUGAUUUGAGGCGUAGUAAAGAUCUCUUCUGAACCUAAAAGUUAUAAUUGAUUGAGAAAGAUGAACGCUCUUGGAAUUAUUGUUUUCUUUGUGCUUGCAGUAGCUUCUUCGAAAGCCCAGGAUAACACAACUGAUUUCAGUAAUACAACAUCUGAAGUUGUUGUUAUUUCUACUUUGGCACUAGAUGGUAACGAUAUAAAUGAUAAUAUUACCACUAGUAGCCCCUCUACCCUUUUACCAACCACUACUGAAAACAGCACUGAAAAUUCAAGCACUUUUUUUCCAACUUCAACCUCUAGUGAAAACAACACAAACUCGAGCACUUUUUCACCAACUGCAGGCACUAGUGAAAGGCCCUAUAAGUUCAACACCAUCAUCUGCAAAUAACUGGAUAGUAGAGGAUGGAAAUGUGACUUGCAUCAUCUUAACCAUGGAAGCUAGUUUCAGUAUCAAAUACAACAAGACUGAUCAUAAAACGAUUGGAACUGGGAAGCUUUUUCUUCCACAAAAUGCAUCAGUUGAUGUUAAAACCAGUACAUGUUCAGGUAAAAAUGGCACCCAGAUAAUUGUGUUGAUUUUUAACAACAAUUCCUUCAUGAUGACCUUUACAAAAGAUGAUAAACAAGUGUUGGUAACAGAGAUGAAGCUGAAUUACAUUCUGGAUAAUAGUACCUUUCCUGAUGUUUCAGAACUGGAUCAACAGAAAAAUGUUUCAGUGAGUGGUGAGUUCUUUAAAGUGGAUGUUGGGAAAAAUUAUCUGUGCAAGAAGGCUGAUGAAAUACAGUUCAAUACAAAUGUGAUGAUGACAGUGUCCAACCUUCAGCUGGAAUCAUUUAGGACAGAUAAUAAUACAGUCUUUACCAGUGAUUCAUGGGAAUGUGAUGCUGAUAACCAGGUUAGUGACAUUGUCCCAAUUGCUGUUGGCUGUGCUCUGGCUGGAAUGGUGGUUAUUGUACUCAUUGCUUACUUAGUUGGUCGUCACCGUAACCGUCAGAAGGGAUACCAGUCAGUGUAAUACACAAAAAGUUUGUCAGUGCUUGCUCUACUAGGUACACCUGUUAAAUGUAUCAUUUCUGUUUCUUAUGAAUCUUCUUAAAUAAAGUGCACACUUUUUUUUUUUCAUAAAAUUAUUUUAUGUCCAAAAUAUCAAAAAAUGGUUGAAUCAGUAUAUUUAGCUAAAUGUUUUAUAUAGCUUAGUGUGAUCUAAGUUUAAUUUGCUAGUGUUUUUUAGUUCUGUAACUAUAGUUAAUGAGUAACAUUUUAAUUGAUUUUUUCAGCAUUCCAUUUUUUAAUAUAUUAUCUGAUUGAUGUAGUUAACAGUUUCCAUGAAUAAUGUAACACUUGUUAAAUUUUGUUCUAAAACAUAGACUUCUAUUAGUUUUUCUUUCAUAGAUUAGAUACAUAGUUUACUAACUAGCUGUUAUUGGAACUGUAAAAAAAUUUACAUUUCUUGUUUUCUGUAAUCUUUUGUGAAUUUUUUAUUACUUUCUUAUUUGCACACCAUACAUGAUUUACCUUGAUUGUCCAAGUAAAGUAAUUCUGUAUUUGAUAUGCAGUGCAAUUUUUUGUAAGAUUGAAAACAAUUGACAAGGAGUUUAACAUUACUGUGAUAGGAAAAAGUGUUAAAGUUUCUUUGGGUGUGAUUUUGAUUAAGUAGGAUAUCUCAUGUACAUAUGUAUUGAGUUACACCAAAUCUGAACCAUUGUACAACUUGAAAAUACUGUGCAAUUGAUAAAGUAGCAUUGUGUUUAUUAUCAUCCUUAGGUUUUGUGCUGAUUAAGAUAUGAACGAGCUAUGAUUUUCAUUGAAUUGUUCUAGAAGUUCAUAAUGAUAAUUGUACAAUAUUAGUGGAGGGAAUUACGGCCUGACAAAAUUAUGUACUUUUCACUUUCCAGUUUAGAUUUAAGCAUGUUUGCUUGACAAGGCUAGAUUGGUUUUCAAAAUUUCGUUGAGUUGCUGAAAUGUCUUGAAUAAUAGUUACUGCUUUUAGUUCUAGAGAUGUUUUUUAAUCAGAAAAGUCUGUAACCACACUUGCGAAAAUUUUGUUUUUGGCUUUAUAUGCUGUUAAAGGUUAACAGAAGUAUUUAAAGUAGUUUUUGUCCCCAGCUUGCAAUAAGUUUUGGUUUUGUUUGUUAAUGAAAUGUUACUACAAAAAAGCGAGAUAAUGCUUUUGAUAUUUAUUAAAGGAAACAUUUUACGUAAAAAAAACCUGUAUCACAUUUAUUAAAAGACUCAAGAAAUACUAUUUUAAUGAUUAAACGAAAUGUAAAGUUGGAAUGAAAAGUAUUUUGAACCUUGAAAGUACAAAGUACAAGCACUUAAACAUCCCCAAAGUGAAUCUUAAAUUUAAGAAAAACAAUUUUUUAAAUUAAAACUAAGGCUUACAAGUGUCUCAGGUACUGGAUAGAAAAGGUUUGUUUAUAAGGGACUACUUAUUAAAUUAUUAUCAACAUUACAGAGUAUAUAAACAGGACUGAGUAUAUUUCGGUGAUAUAAAAUAGCAUGUUAUUGUUGUGUAGAUUUUUUAGCAGUGUAGGUGGGAUGCACCAAACAAAAAAAUAAAAUAUUUGGCUAUAUAUAUAUAU